CUUUGGUUGAGGCGAGCAACAGACGCCGACGCCCACGCGGUUGCCUAGCGGCACACUUUUCCCAAGAUGCCUAGGGAGCUGUGUUCUUCUUAGCCAAUCAGAGAGGCGCAGCGACCUCACCUCCUGCCAAUAGACUAGUCGACUAGGCCCGCGACGGUUAAACCGGGCCGGAGGCGGCUGCGGCGGCUCUGUGCCGCUUGGAGGCUGCCGGGGACCAGCAUCUGGAGCUCUGCGGCGCGACCUGGGGAAGGUAGCGCGAGUCCGGCGGUGGACCCAGCCAUGCCGUCCCGGGUGGAGGACUAUGAAGUGCUGCACACCAUUGGUUCAGGCUCUUACGGUCGCUGUCAGAAGAUCCGGAGGAAGAGUGACGGCAAGAUGUUAGUUUGGAAAGAACUUGACUAUGGCUCCAUGACAGAAGCUGAGAAACAGAUGCUUGUUUCUGAAGUGAAUUUGCUUCGUGAACUGAAACAUCCCAACAUUGUUCGCUACUAUGAUCGAAUUAUUGAUCGAACCAACACAACACUGUACAUUGUAAUGGAAUAUUGUGAAGGAGGGGAUCUGGCUAGUGUAAUUACUAAGGGAACCAAAGAAAGACAAUACUUAGAUGAAGAGUUUGUUCUUCGAGUGAUGACUCAAUUGACGUUGGCCCUAAAGGAAUGUCACAGGCGAAGUGAUGGUGGUCAUACUGUGCUGCAUCGGGAUCUGAAACCAGCCAAUGUUUUCCUGGAUGGCAAGCAAAAUGUCAAGCUCGGAGACUUUGGGCUAGCUAGAAUAUUGAACCAUGAUACCAGUUUUGCAAAAACAUUUGUUGGCACACCUUAUUACAUGUCUCCUGAACAAAUCAGUCGCAUGUCCUACAAUGAGAAAUCAGACAUCUGGUCACUGGGUUGUUUGCUGUAUGAAUUGUGUGCAUUAAUGCCUCCGUUUACAGCUUUUAACCAGAAAGAACUAGCUGGGAAGAUCAGAGAAGGCAAAUUUAGGCGAAUUCCAUACCGUUAUUCUGAUGAAUUGAAUGAAAUUAUUACGAGAAUGUUAAAUUUGAAGGAUUACCAUCGACCUUCUGUUGAAGAAAUUCUUGAGAACCCUUUGAUAGCAGACAUGGUUGCAGAAGAGCAAAAAAGAAAUUUUGAGAGAAGGGGGCGACGAUUAGGAGAGCCAGAAAAGUUGCAGGAUUCCAGCCCUGUAUUGAGUGAGCUGAAGCUAAAGGAAAUUCAGUUACAGGAGAGAGAACGAGCACUCAAAGCAAGAGAAGAAAGAUUGGAGCAGAAGGAACGUGAGCUUUGUGUUCGUGAGAGACUAGCAGAGGACAAACUGGUUAGAGCAGAAAAUCUGUUGAAGAAUUACAGCUUGCUAAAGGAACCGAAGUUUCUGACUCUGGGGAGUAGUCCAGAACUUCUUGAUCUUCCAUGCUCGGUAAUUAAGAAGAAAGUUCAUUUCAGUGGGGAAAGUAAGGAGAACAUCAUGAGGAGUGAGAAUUCUGAGAGGCAGCUCACCUCCAAGACCAAGUGUAAGGACCUGAAGAAAAGGCUUCAUGCUGCUCAGCUGCGGGCUCAAGCUCUAUCAGAUAUUGAAAAAAAUUAUCAACUAAAAAGCAGACAGAUCCUGGGCAUGCGCUAGCCCUAGCAGAGAGGCACAGACCUGUUUAUGGUAUUUAAUACCACCAACCUUUAAAGAUUGAUAUUAAACUGCUGUAGCUUCAUCCACUUGGUUCCACGAGCCGUGCCUUUUUAUAGAGUAAGCAUGAUAUUUUGGAGCUGCUUUUGCUGUUCCUCAGCAGAAUUGUACAAAAUGGUCACACCUUAAUUUUUCUUUCUUUUAAGAACACUUUGUAGAAAGAAUGAUAUUUUCUUGGUUGAUUGGGCUUUUAAUCCUGUAUGUAAUUACUGCUAGGAACAUGAGAUGUAACAUUCCAAAUCUUAGGAGAAAAAAUAAUGUUAGGAAAGAAUAUUUACCUAGGGGUAGCACUUACUGAAAAGAUUUAAAUGCCUGAGUGGUGUGCUUACAAUUGCCAUAUCUAAAUUUAAAAUUUAAGUCUGAGGUUUUUAAUGUUUUUGCCCUUAAGAAACCUAAUUGGAUACAAAUUGGUCACUGAUACAGUGACAUCCUGCUUGUAAGUAUUUCAUUGUUCUGUAGUACAAAUCUCUUAGCUUUGUUAAACUUCAUCACUGUGAUGUCUAUAUUCUUUUUUCCUUUUUAUUCUACUUAACAGUAUAUGAGCUGGCUGUCAUUUUCCCACCUCUUGUCCACUAAAUAAAAUAAUCUUUAGUUUUCUUGUA